AUGGCGAACUCCACUGAAGGUAUUGAGCUUGCCCAGCUGGUCUUUUAUGGUCUUGCUUUACUUCCUGCAAUCUACUGCUUCAUCACACAUGGAAAGCAUGGAGCUGUAGGAUGGCUCUAUGUAUUUGCUAUGUGCGGUUUACGACUGGUUGGAAACGGUAUGGCCUACCACUCCAGGACCGGCCCGCCGAACCGAGCUGCCUCAAUUAUCGGCAGCAUUGGACUGUCGCCCUUGGUACUGGCCGCUUUGGGAAUUCUUCAUGAAUCGUAA